GAUGCGAAGAACCUUCUCGUGUCUUUACAGUUAUUUUUUCCCUUUUCCGAAACGAAGGCGAAGUUUUGUACAGCUUUAUCCAAGGAUUUAAUUGUGUUAAGAUGGCAGAAGGAGGUAUCAGGCAUUACACGGAAUGGACUCCAAGGCCCAUUAGGCGAUCAAGGUAUGAAUAUGAAGAUGAAUCGAAGGAAACAAGCACCAUUAUGGAUCUCCUGGGGUAUGGACCAGCCAUCCGACAGAAACGAAAAGACGUCUACCAGUGGCGAGAUAGGCUGUAUAAUAGAUAUUUCAAUAAUUUCAUAGAUUAUGAUCCGAUGGUCACCGCAGGGAGCAAGGCGGAGGGGUUGACCUGUGUAUACGAGAGCGAUAUUGAUGUGAUACACGUACUCCCAUAUACAGUGUGUCUGGAAGACGGGUUUAACGAGAGCACAAUUCCAGAUCACUUCAUAGUAUUAAUGAUGAAUACGCAGGGCUGCAAUUCAGGAUAUUGUAAACCAUUACUUCUGAGACCAGAUACUGGGAUUUAUCCUGCUAUUUACGAUUCCAUAUGCGAUGAUGGAUAUGGAAAUAGUAUUUUAAGCAGCAAACGUUUUGUUGAAUUUUUUAAAACUGUCCACCCAUUGUCUCCAUUUGUCCACAAUUCACCAAUUGCUGGUCCAUCUAUACCAUUGUCACUUGGUCCUUACAGAGUUGAUAAUAUUCGAGCCAUUCACUGUAACUGUCCAGUCAUUUUACAGAAAUGGGCUUCACGGACGCGUCACUGGCCACCACCAAGUAUUGUUGAGAAAGUUAUUGCGAUGAGAGCGUUUGUUACUCCGAUAGGGUGUAAGGGCAGCGUAUACAACCACUUGGAAUGGAGGAUAUGUUUUAAUACUUCUGAGACGGAGCUUGUGAAUAAUCUAAAUGACACGCAAAUCAAAGUAUAUGUUAUAUUGAAGAUGAUCGUGAAUGAUGUAUUGAAACCUCAGAAGAAAGAGAUUACAUCAUAUACAUUGAAGAACAUUGUAUUAUGGCUGGCAGAAAACAACCCACAGGCAUUGUUCCAUGCAGGAAGUUUGUUUCAUUGGCUUCACGAGGGACUUGAUUUAUUACGAACCGCUUUAUCCUUAAGGGAGCUUCCUUACUAUAUGAUCCCAGAAAGGAAUCUUAUGGCAGAGAGGGAACUUGACGAUGAGCAACAGCGUGUGUUCGUAAGCUCUAUAACGGACAUGAUGGAGGAGGGGCCACACAUGCUACUUAGAUUAAAUAAGAUACGUCAGGCCAUAAUAUGCCAUCCAGAACCAUUGCUGUGGUUCAGUAAGAUGAGAACUGAGCUAGAGAUAUUGCGUCUGGAGUCGUUUCGCAGAGCUCAUCAAUGCAUAUUUAACCACUUAGGGAGUGGUCAGACUUUAAUUGAGUUCGUUCAAUGCUUUUUAUCGAUAAUAGAGGCUGAUAGUAUCAUGCAGGCUUACAACAAACGUAGAGAAGAAAUCUUGUUUGAGGUCUGGCUGCGUUUGUUUCUGGAAGGAAGUUCAGUAAUACUUUCGAAUCCGUUAGAGUAUAUGAUUCUUAGCUAAGUAAGUUUAUAUGCACAACUAUAAGAUACUAGCAGUGUUUUAAAGUAUGAUACAGAUAUUAUCGAGUUAAAAACUAGUUUAUUCACGAUUUUAAAGCGAACAGAGAAACUGUGCAGCUGUUCCUUUAUUUAAAACAUUUUUUAAUAUAUAUCUAUGGAUUUGUCAGAAUGAUUUGCCUUAAAUGCUAGUGUUAUAUCAUCAAAUGCAUACAAUAUUUGUGUAUCAAUGAAACAGCAUUAUCGCUUAAGUUGUUUACAUUAGUCGAUACGGUGUUGCGUUGAAAUAUAUCAAACUCCCUAGUUCUAACUUCUCUAAUAUUUAACUAUAAGUAGGUAUAUGAUAGAAAGCUAUUUUUAGAACCAGACAUAUAUGUCAGUGAAGGCAAUACCUUGACACUAUACAAUACACAUGAAUGCAUUUAUUACAUACUGCAUAUUGUUGAUUUGUUUGAUUGAAUAAUGACUUUGGUAAAAGUUAUAGAGACUAUUUUCUCAGCAAGUCAAAUUCUCUGUGAACAUCCUGUUAAAGAAAAUGUAGAAUUUCCUCUCACAUAUAAAAUAAUUAAGCUGUUAUAGGCUGAUAUACUCAGAUGCUUUCUUGAUAAGGUGACUUCUCUGAAAUAGUUAGAAUUUUGUGUUUAACAAAUAACUACCUAAUUGUUUCAUCAUCAAGCCACAUUGUUAUUUUAGGAAAAUAAUUUUAAUAAUUAGAUAAGUUACUAUUAAUAGUGUGUUAGUCAGAUUAGUGUUCUCCAGAUUUUGAGGACUUAAUCAAAAAUAAAUUAAUUUAAUUAUUUACUAAUAUAGUAUUCGCUGAAUUAUUUCCACGCACCGUGUGCCUUGCAUUAGUUGUUAUCUGGUUAGAUUAUUUGAUUUAUUAAUUUUUUUUUAUUUUUCGUUAAUAUUUUAUUCUUAUCCGUUUUUUAAGAGGCAUUUUGUUAAGUGACUGGUAUUAGGUAAGAGUUUUUUUAUACAUGAUAUUUGACCUUUGUCAUUCUUACUGCAAUCAUCAUAUCGGCUAAUGCUAUUUCCAUAAGGACCUUUAUCACCCAGACUUUGUUGCUUUUGUAUUGGUUAAACAAAACCGAUAUCUUUUUCAUAAUUGCACAUUGACUUCUUGCGUUCAGAAAGGAUGGAGAACCAUACAUUUUUAAUAAUUGUUGUUUAUGUAUUAAAACUGAGUUGGUCUUUAUUUUGUUUAUAUUCUGAUUACGCCAUUUUGUAAUACAAUGCGUGUUUCAAUUUUAAUUUGUUGUCAUCCUGACCAGGAAUAGUCAUUAUUUCCAUAUCUUAUAACCGACCGGAUAAUUUACGUGAGCAAAUGAGACAGAACACCACACUAGCAAAUGUGAAACCGUUUUGUUUUGUCAAUUUUCAACAUGAAAUUAACUGAGACUCUGUGUUCUCCAUUCCGAAAUCCGUUGUUAUAUUUAUAUGGAGAUAUAAAUUUGCCUGGAUUCUUUUUAUUUAAGUAUAGCAAUAUUUUUUUAAGUGUUAAAAACAAGGUAAACAAAACGCCUUAUCUACGACUUGAAAUUCGUUUAAUGAUCUUAUAAAAAUUUUAUCUGCAUCAUCAAGAGAGUAAUGCUUAGUACGACGGUUUUGCAUUAAACACUUUGUACCUUAA